AUGGGGGAGGGCUUCUCUUGGUUGAAGCUGCUGGCGGUGGCGCUGGCGGUGAUGCUGUCGCUCGGGCAGUGGCUAGCGGCGGCGGCGGCAGAGGAGACGAUCAAGAAGUCUAUGUUUCUGUGUCCGUUCCCCGGCGGGUGCAAACCGCCGGUGAAGAGUCGCCCCCCUCCCGGCAAACCCGUACACCCGGGGUUGCCUCGCCAUCAAUCGGUGCCGCGAUGGGUCGUCUGCUCCUUGAUCCUCUCUCUUCUUCAAGCACCUAAGCUUGUAGAUUCCUCCUGUUCUUCGAGCCGGAAGGGAAUAAAGAGUUGCACUCGUUCAGACAGCCCCGUCGCUCGCGUAUCAUCUCUACGGUCGACUUCCUGA